AAAAUAAUCUAUUGACGCCAGGGAAAUAUGCUACAGCUACAUUCAUUUAAGAUUGUAGACCCUGUUCUUACGGAACCCCAACAGAAAAAGGCCUAAAGAUUGAGAACUGGCGGAUACAGAGGACAAAUUCUUUUCUGAGAGUGUUGGAUUAUCGAGAAUUUGUACGAUAACUUCAUACCAUAUAUCAAAGUUCAAUAUACACUGGAAACGCUAAUAUUGCCAGCAUCAAUUUCUGAACACAUCUGUCUGAUAUGUGGUUUGAAUUCAAAUAUGAUAGGGUAUCAAUGGAGAAGAGGAUAAAGAAAACGUGUGUACAUCCCUCGUCAUGUGUAACUUGCAGUUUAUUUAACUUUACUGAUCCAUUCUUUGCGACUGUUGUUGACAUAAAAGACGAAUGCACAACGAAAUAUCAAUAUAAAACAUUUAAACCCAUAACACAGGUUUAUAUCAAUGGAAAUCUUGAAGAGGAGUUUAAUCAAACUCGCUGUUGUGAAGGUUCUCGGACGCUCUUGUAUAAAAUUGAAAAAGAAAGCACAGAUGCUCUAACGUCAUUUCCUACCUCGUCGUCUGUAGAGACCACUUACUCUUCCUCUGUCUUCUUCACGACCACAACUCAAAACUUAGAUGCUGUUACCAUCGUUAAAGAAAACGCUUCUGCAACUAAAACAACAAUUUUGCCUAGUUUAACUUCAUCACAGUCUAUUGACAUUCCUAUUUUACUCACAGCCGCCAUUGUUGGAGUUGUCUUUCUGUUUGUAGUACUUCUGUGUGUUAUAGUCGUUAAAUGUAAAAGAAAAUCAAAAACCUCCCUUGGAAUGCAAAAUCUUCAACGCCCUGUUGAAAAUGAAAUAUACAGCGAUGGAGUUGCGGAAUAUUCAACAGUGGAAGAGACGGCAACUAUUGUUAAAUCCCUAAUUCACACCAAAACAAGAUCGAGAGGGACGGAAAAUAAACAAGACAAUUAUUUCAUUCUUGAAAAAAUUGAGGCAUCUUCAAAUGCUUGUGAAAAGACUUACAAGACAAAGCACAUUCCUUCCACUGAAGAGGAUAUCUAUAACAAGCUUCACGAAAAAGAAAGACGGUCUACUGAAAUAGAGGAGAGUGUUUAUAGUCACUUCAGCGACUGUAAUGAGAAUGUAUACAGCGAAACAAUUCGACGUUAACUGGAAGAAAGAUGCACACACUUGUCGUAAAUGAAAAGAAACUAUCUUUUAAUGAAAUAUUUUUUUUUUAAAAAGCGGAAAAAUGACGAACUUUAAUACAAUAUUUACUAGAGAUAACAAAUGAAUAUGAAAUGUGAUACAUGGUGUAUCAUAAUUAUGAGCUUUAUAUUCACUUCCUGGUAUUAGUAAAAUAACCAAGAGUGAGAGAAUAAAAUUUUACAUAUUGUA